CUUUGGAAAGUAAUGCUUGUAACUGGUACCUAUACAUAAAAUCUCCAGAGGAUAUAUCUUUUGUAAGGAUGCCUAUUAACUCGCGAAUUGAGCAUACCCUGUUGAAGGCGGCGAGGCGGCACAAGCAGACGCUUGUAGUUAGUCAAUAUUCUUCUGUCGUUUGCAGCCAUCGGUCUGGAAAUCGAGUGUCUGUGAAGUACCUCUAUGGAGGGGACGAUAACAAGCACAUUGGCAGGUGGCAGUUAAUUGUACGACCAUGUGGUGGGUGGUGGUGUGCCAGGUGUCGUGUUUACUUUUGGUUGCGGGGAUGCCUGUCUUACAUAACCCCGCAUGUUGGCAUUUCAAACACGGUAAACUGUGUGGACUACUCAACUGAAAGAUUUGCCAAAAAUUAUGAACGAAGGUAA